AUGUCAACAAAUAGUAUGAAAUAUUCAUAUUUUCCUCUUCAACGUAUUCUCGUUCAACAUUCAAAUGUUUCAAAACCUGCAUUUCUUAAUAUAUCAUUUCAGUUUCUAUCAUUUAUGACUAGAAGUGACAAUAAACUAAUAAUGAUUGGUGAUAGUCAACUUUCUUCCAUACCUUUUACAAUGAACAUUACUAAUAAGUAUGAUUUCUCACUUAUAAUUCAACAUGAUCUUAAUAUCAAUCAACUCUCAUGCACAAUCAAUGCAUCACUUGAUUUAUUCAAUGUACAAACAAUUGAUAAGAUAUCUCAACGAUUUCAUUCAAUCUUGAAACAAUUAUUUAUAUCUGUUGAAGAUCAAAUGAAUAAAUCAAUCUAUGAAAUAUCAUUAAUAUUACCAAAUGAAAGAUUAAUCAUGCAAUCAAUGAAUAACACACAAGUAUCAUUCUCAUCUACUGUCACUUGUAUUCAUCAUGAGUUUGUAUAUCAAGUAAUAAAACACCUACAAAAACUAGCUGUUGAGCUUGAUGAACAAUUUUUGACAUAUGCUGAACUUUUACAUUAUGUCCAAAUAUUACCUUUACAUCUUAUAAAUAAAUAUGUUAUUGUUCCAGGUGAUAUUAUUUGUCAAUGUGUCGAGAGAAGUUUGUCGAUGAUGAUUGGCAUGAUGGCGAUUGAAAUGAGUGGUGGUGUCUAUUCUGCAUUGUCAUCUCGAAAUCCACAACAUCGUUUACAUACUCUCAUAGAACAAACACAAAGUCGUCUUGUUCUUGUUCAUUGGAUGACAUAA